AUGAACAACAACAAUAAAGAGAAAUAUUCGGAUACUUCUCCAAAUUUGCUUAAUUUAAUAGCUAAAGUCGGCAUUCUAGCUAGUACUUUAACACUUGUUGGUAUUCUACUAAUAGUUCCAAUGAUACUGUUCCAAGCUAAUCAGUUGAGAUCAAAUAUAGAGAGAAGAGCCAUUCAAUUUAAGCAAAAUUCGGAUCGAGCCUGGAAGCUAAUGAUAAAUGAAAAGAUGAUGAUUCAAAGUGAAGCUGAAAAAGAAGACGAAACUUCAAGCAGGUCCUUUAGAUCACCACGGCAUCAACAAAGUUGUCAAGGCUGCCACUCAUUGACUUGUCAGACCGGUUUGCCAGGACCGAGCGGACCCGCAGGGACUGACGGAUCACCGGGAGAUGGUCCAACAGGAGAUGAUGGUUUUGAUGUUCAAUUACAACCAGAAGCUGAUAUGCCUUGUGUGAUCUGCCCUGCUGGACCACCUGGGCAAAGGUUGAAAAGGGAAUUUUGGAGGGUUUAUACAAUCAUUUUUAGAGGCCCUCAAGGCGAAAGAGGGAUGAGUGGAGAGCCAGGCACUUAUGGAGAACAAGGUCCACCGGGCAAAAGUGGAAUCGAUGGCCCUUAUGGAAGGGAAGGACCUCCAGGCAACGUGGGAAUAAAGGGUCUAUGUGGAAGGAAAGGACCAAUUGGUGAUCAAGUUAUUUCGGACACUGGUCUGCCUGGAAAGCCAGGCCCUGUUGGUCCGGCUGGACCCCCGGGAGCAAAUGGAAUUAUGGGAGAAAAUGGAAUGGUUGGAACGCCUGGAGAACCAGGAGAGCCAGCAAGCUAUUGCCCUUCGGACUGUGGAGUCUCACACAUAAAGGCGCCGAGUUUUGCAAUGGAAAUGAGCGAACCGCCAUCACCUCCUUCCUAUAGCAAUCGGGAAAAGCCUGCAACAGAAGUGCUGUUUCGACGUCGGAAAAAGAAGCAAUAA